UUGCAAAAAUUUACGUGCUUUGUCAUCAUAACAACAUUAUCCAUACUAUUUGCAUUGUUGGAUUAGGGAGGGUAUCUACGUGGUUUAGUUGACUGAUUAAGAGAACAAAGUUCUAGGCCAUAACUCAUAUCAUGGUGUCCUUUUUAAAUUAAAUAAAUUCAUGACCUUUUCUAAUACACUCCAUUAUCCUUUACAGCAAGCACAAAACAACACCAUAUAACCCCUCCUCACAACCGUUUGAUCUGCUACGCAAAGCAUGAUUUAAUAACUUCCUAUCCGUCUGAUCAUUGACAAAAACUUUGAGCAGGUGGUAUAAUUAGGUUGACUUAAUCCAUCUGCUUUGUCCCCACAUCUCUCUCUCUCUCUCUCAACAGACACCAAUCAAAAUAGGAAUAUGUACGGCAACAACUCACAUUAACUGAUUAACAUUAUUCAAAUAUCCUUCUUUAACCAAAACCCAUCUCAGGUCUUCCAUAUAAGGCAUAUAUUCAUACAUUUUAUCUCAUCCCAAGCAUUUUCUGAGUUCUCAAGCCAAAACGCCAAGAGUUCUCGUAUACAACCUUUCAAGCCUUCAAAACCAUCUUUCUUCCUUUCUUAGACGAAAAUGCCGGCCACCAUUGACGUCGCUGAGCCCAGCAGCUCCGCGAAAGGAAAAGCAGUCAUCGUGGCAGCGCCCCAUCCAGCCAAGUGGAAGAAGGGAACCGCGAUAAUUGACUUUGUCUUGAGGCUCGGGGCCAUUGCCUCUGCUCUUGCAGCUGCAGCCACCAUGGGGACCAGUGAUGAGAGUCUUCCUUUCUUCACUCAGUUCUUCCAGUUUGAAGCUAGCUAUGAUGACAUGCCAACCUUUCAGUUUUUCCUCAUUGGAAUGGCAUUUGUCAGUGGCUAUCUAGUCCUAUCCCUUCCUUUCUCCAUAGUAGCCAUUGUUCGUCCACACGCAGUUGGGAUAAGGCUCUUCCUCAUCAUCAUGGACACUGUGGCGCUUACUCUGGCAACUUCUGCUGGUGCCGCGGCCGCCGCCAUAGUGUACCUAGCUCACAACGGAAACUCCAGCUCCAAUUGGCUGGCCAUUUGCAACCAGUUUACAGAUUUCUGCCAGAAAGUCAGCGGAGCCGUCGUGGCGGCCUUUGUGUGCGUGGUCUGCAUUGUGUUCUUGAUUCUGAUUUCUGCUGUGGCUCUCCGAAGGCAUUAAGAAGAAUUUAUGAGGAUGAGAUUUAGAAGCUUCAUUUCACAAAUAUUGUGUCAGACACACAAGAAUAUAU